AUGCACCUCGACUUGAAAGCGACUGCAAUUGCUCCUGCCACUGCUACUGUUGCUGCAGCCGAGUCAGAGGAAAAGAUCCCUCCACCCGAGGUUGCCACUGGGAACCGACAUAGCGCAUUAAUCGCCGAUGAUGCUUCUUGUACCAUUGCUACACCUGCCUCGAGUUCCCUCCCAAUUCCUUCAAGCACGAACGCGAUCGCGAUGGAUAUGGGUAUCGAUAAGCUUGAUGACGCUGAUCAUCAUCAUGCGGAUGAGCGCCUAGGCAUAGACGGCAAGGACCAAAAUGAGAGCACGAACUCUUCCUCCCCACAACAGCCGGUGCCGUUACAGCCCCAGACAAAACCGAAGCCAAUAAAGAAAACGCAUUGGGAUUACAUGCUCCCGCUUAUUGAGCGCAAUCUGCGGGGCGAAUUCUAA